AUCUUUUCGUUCUGCACUGCACAAGAUAUAGUGGAAGCUUAUAUUUUUUUUUUGUAUUGUGUGUAAUCAUAUGUUCACGUGCGAUGUACAAAUCAUGUGUAACAAACAAUACGAAAUUAUAAAAGUGAAGACUAAGGUUAGUUAGUUAAACUAAGAACUUGAAAUGUUAUGAUCAAUACUGAUACAGUAAGUAGUUUUUAAAAUUAUGGAUAUUCCCUCAACUCGCCAAGAAGAUAAUAUUAGUAAUUUAAAGAGUGAAAUUGAAAUCAAUUCAGUUUCUGCCGAGGGUUCUCUUAAUGAGAAUACAGGAGAUUCAACGGGUUCUUUAUUGGACAAGGAAUCUCAAAGUACAGAUUCUGUAACUGCAAUUGAGAAGAAUAAAGAAUAUAUUGAUGAUCCUUUUUCUGUAACUGCAAUUGAGAAGAAUAAAGAAUAUAAUGAUGAUCCUUUAACAGAACCGAAUUUAUCGGUUACAGAGGAUAAUGAUAAUAUUAUAACCACUCAAAGUGAACAAGAAUCAAAAGAUGAUGAAGAUGAAGAAGACUUGGAACAUAUUGAGUCAUCAGAACACCAAGAUUAUGACGAUCAAGAAUUAUUAUUCGUAAAUAGGGAAGAUAAUGGUGAUAGUGAUCAUAUGGUAUCUUCAAUUCACACCAGUGAUGAUACUGCAUCAGAAAAUUCUUUAAGCAUGUCUAGUGGAAUGCUUGUUAGUCCUGAUGUUCGUACGCCUUCAUCACCUUCACAGAAUUCCGAGGAUAAUAAUAGCAUAGAAUCAAUGCCUACAGGAGAUGUUAUGGAUUCUAAUUCAAAUUCCCCGAAUCGAAAUGAAUACUUUGAUCUUGAUUUACCUGUUGUGCCAGCCCCAGGUGAAACUCGUUCACAAAUACUUGCUCCUUUGGAUGACAACGAGAAUGAAGAUUAUGAUGGAAGUAGGAUUCAAUUAACACCUAUUAUAACUAAAGCUGUAGAAACAGAUGAUGAUCCACCAAGUCCGACGUUGUAUGAUUUUACUCCUCCAACCAAUAGAGUAGUAGAUAUAAACGCUAAUGAUAGCAAUAGUAACAGUUAUAGUAAUAGGAAUCAUUUACCUCGUACCCAUAUACCUGAAAUUUUAUUAAGACGUCAAAAUUUAGAUUUUCGUCAUAGACAAAAUUCUAGUCUUGGUGAGAUUGCUAUGAAUAUUUUUCACCACCAAAUUUUGCUUCCGUUCUUUCAAGGUUUUAGUUGGGGAAUUGGAAUUCAUCUUUAUCGUUAUAUGAGAAGUGGUUUUUCAAUUAGAAAUUUUUGGAGAUCUUUAUCCGGAGGUGGUAGAGGGCCCUCUUCUAAUACUAUAGAAUCAAAUUAAAUUUUCUUUUUUUUUUUUUAUUUUAUUUUUUUUUUUUAUUUUUAAAAGGGGUUAUUUUCAUUGUUUU